AUGUUUUAUUUCGAAAAAAUUUUAAUUCUUUUUCUUCUACUUGUUGUAACAUUUGUCAAUGGUUGGUUCAAUAAUCCUUUAUGGUUUGAAAAUAAUCAAAAUCGUUUUGAACAACGUUUUAAUCGACCUAGUUACUGGUCAGAUACAGAUGAAAUUCGUUAUGAUAAAAAUCGUUUAUUUCCUAAUUUAUUCAAUCGAAAUCAAACAAUAUAUGAUAUGAUAACAUCGAUUAUGGUUAGAAUGCAAAAACAAUGGAAUGACAUAUUCAAACAAUUUGAUUUUAAUACAAAUAUUGUUAAUAAAAAUCCAUCAACAUUCGAUAAUAUUGAACCAAAAUGCACUGUAAACGUGGAUAAACGAAAUCCUGAUUAUAAAAUUAGUACAUGUGUUAAAGAAGUUGAAAAGGGUAAUCAAAAAAUGUACUAUAAAGAAGUAAAUGUUACUGAUGCAGAAGGCAAUGUAAAACAACACAGUGUUAGUUACAGUCAGUUUUUUGGCGAAAGAAUAAGAACGAAUAGUUCAAAACCAAUUGCACCUGUCGCAUCAGAUACAAAUAGCACUUUUAAAAAUCAUCGUUUAUCUCACCGUCGAAAAUAUUAG